AUGGUGAUUGGUCUGUUUUUGGUACAUAAUUGUGCUGGGGAAAUGUCACAUCCAAAAUUUAUCUGCACCCCAAUGCCCUUGGAUAUGGAGUGCCAUUCAAACAUGCAGAGACAGAGUGCAAGUGGUGGGGGGCACUGGAUUAGCAUGCAGGAAGAGGCUAAGGAAACCAUUUUACAUCUGCGAGAAACAGUGGUACACCAGAAGGAAACAAUAUUAGAUCAGAGAGAGACAAUUAGAGAACUCACUGUUAAACUCAGCCGUUGUGAGGGAUACCACCAGAAUAGGGGGCAUGAAGAGGGCCAUAUACAUUCUGGUGAAUAUAGGCAAGAAAGAGAACAUGGGCAUGAAGAAAAUUAUGGCCAUGAAAAUUUGCAUGGGCAUGAGAGGGAAAAUAAAAGGGAGCAUGCGCAUGAGUCGGAAGAUGGCCAUGAAUGGGAGCUUGGGCAUGACAGGGAACAUGGGCAUGAAAGAGAGCAUGGUCAUGAACGGGAGCAUGGACACAAAAGAGAACAUGGUCAAGAUUGGGAAGACCGGCAUGAAAGAGACUAUGGGCAUGAAAGAGAACAUGGACGUGAGCAUGGGCAUGAUAGGGAACAUGUUCAUGGAGGGCACGAAGAUACCCAUGGGCAUAAUCGAGACCAUGAGUAUCAUCAUCUCACCCAUCGUGAGUACAGAGAACAACAGACACAUGAUUCUUAUCACAAACCCAGUGCUCCACCAAAUACAAUGGAAGAUCCUCCGGAGGUUACAUCAGCUGGGAUUCAUCAGAUGGAAAGCAUGCUGGAAUCAUUGAAAGAGAGAUUGCAUCAUAUACAGACGACCAGAAACACAUCAUUGUUUUCAACAUCUCUGAGGGACACCCUGCAAAAAAAGAUCAGCAUCCUUGAACGACAGAUUCAUGAAAAACAUAACAAUACGGAUCAUGUGGAUCAGACUUCUGAAGACCCUAUAAGGCACAAACUGCCCGGUGGGGACAAAGGGCACAAAGCUGAUAAACAGUCAAAUGACUUCAGAGUCAGCUUUCCCUUCAGAACAAAUUACAUGUAUGCCAAGGUGAAAAGGACUCUUCACCAUGAGAUUUUUGCCUUCACCAUCUGCUUGUGGCUUAAGUCUAACUCUUCCCCAGGGAUGGGCACACCCUUCUCAUACUCGGUUCCUGGGCAAGCAAAUGAGAUUGUGCUGAUUGAGUGGGGAAACAACCCCAUGGAAUUGCUUAUUAAUGACAAGGCUGUUACUUUACCACUGCCUGUUAAUGAUGCAAAAUGGCACCAUGUUUGCAUUACUUGGUCAACGAGAGAUGGCACGUGGGAAACUUACUUAGAUGGAGUGAGACGGGGAAGUGGUGAAAGCCUGGCACCAUGGCACCCAAUAAAACCAGGAGGAGUGUUCAUAUUAGGACAGGAACAGGACACGCUGGGAGGAAGAUUUGAUGCCACCCAGGCCUUUGUGGGGGAAAUUUCAGACUUUAACAUGUGGAGUCAUAUCCUGACACCUGGUGAAAUUUUCAAGUUGGCUUCUUGUGCUGGUCACUCAACUGGUGAUGUCAUAGAAUGGGCAGAAUCAUCCAUGGAGCUUCAUGGUGGUGCAACUAAACUCCCGUUUAACUCUUGCCAUUGACAUGAGGAGUCCCUCCACCAGCAGUAUGCUCUGUUAGGGAACCCAGACAUGGAUUGGGUUUCUAACACCCCAACUACAAUUGUUUCAGAUGGAGUAGAAAUCCUGCCUAUGGCACAAUUUCCCCUGUAUAUGUAUGGUUUAUUUAUCUUUGUAUUGCUUGUGUGAUUACAUCUACAAUUCAACUAAUGUUUAAUAUACAAUACAUUAUAUCACUAAUAACAUGA